AUAACUUGGAAAGCUAAGAUUUUACGUAAGUGGUUGUCUUGUCUGUAUUGUCUGCAUGUGAUGAUUGCUUUCGUCAUCUUCUUGUUCCUUAUGUUUUCGUUAGGAAGUUGUCCGCCUUUAAAGCCGAGGCAAAUAAGUUGGAAAAUAUAUUUUGUCUGCCUUUGUCACCAUUUUCUUGGUGUUUUUCUCGGCAACCAAGCAAGUUUUCCCUCCAAUUUUUCUCUCUCAGCUGUUACCAUAACGUCUUUAGAGAAGCUGAGAAUGUGUUCCUUGUAGCAGAUUCCAGUCGUGGAAAGUUAACGGUGUGAUUGGAUUUGCAACAGAGAGACCCAUGCCUACAAUCCCCCUCUACUCAUCGCUAGCUCCGCCCAACAGCCGCCGUCCCACUUCUCUGCUGCCUUCAAUUGCAACCUUACUCAAAGGCUGCAAAACCCAAUUCCGUCUCGAACAAAUCCACGCCCACAUUGUCCGUAAAGGUUUGGAGCAAGAUUGCUUCCUCAUAAGCCAGUUCAUCUGCCUCUCCAACGCUCUCGCUUCCCUCUCUUACUCCACCGCCGUACUCGACCGCGUCCUCAGCCCCAACACCUUUCUCUGGAACUGUCUGAUCAAAGGAUACUGCGAAAGGUCUGGUUUUUUGGGCACUGUUUCUCUGUUUGUUAGGAUGAAGAGGGAGGAGGGCCUUCUGGAUAGGUUUACGUACCCGUCUCUCUUUAAGGCGUGUGCUAGUGAGGGGAGGGUCUGGGAAGGAAGGGCGAUACAUGGGUUGGCGGUGAGGUGUGGAGUUGACGGGGAUGUGUUUGUAGGCACCAGUUUGAUCGAUUUGUACGGGAAAUGCAGGGAGAUUGUUUGCGCUCGCAAGGUGUUUGAUGGAAUGUCUGAGAGAAGUGUGGUUUCUUGGACGACUAUGGUUGUUGGGUAUGCUAGUGUUGGGGAUUUGGUGGAGGCCAACAAGCUGUUUGAUCAGAUGCCCCAGAGAAAUGCAGUGUCGUGGAAUGCGAUUAUUAGUGGGUUUGUAAAGAUGGGGGAUUUGGUCAAUGCCAGAAGGAUCUUUGAUCAAAUGCCUGAGAAAAAUGUGGUUUCUUAUACUACUAUGAUCGAUGGAUAUGCCAAGUGUGGAGAUAUGGCGUCUGCGAGAUUUUUGUUUGAUCAAUGCUCAGCUAAAGAUGUCGUUGCAUGGUCGGCAUUGAUAUCAGGGUAUGCUCAAAAUGGUCAACCUAACGAGGCUGUAAAGAUAUUUCAAGAAAUGAGUGCGAAGAAUGUUAAGCCUGACGAGUUUAUAAUGGUGAGCUUGAUGUCAGCUUGUUCCCAAGUGGGUUGCUUGCAGGUGGCUAAAUGGGUUGAUUCUUACCUGAGCCAGAGCUCCAUUGAUGUUCGUCAGGCUCAUGUUCUCGCAGCUCUGAUUAACAUGAAUGCAAUGUGUGGGAAUAUGGAAAGAGCAACACGUUUGUUUGAAGAGAUGCCUAAGCGGGAUUUGAUUUCGUAUUGUUCUAUGGUACAAGGGUUGUCGAUUAAUGGUCAAGGGGAUCAGGCUAUUUCCCUCUUCAAUAAGAUGUUAAUUGAAGGUUUAGCUCCGGAUGAGGUUGCUUUUACAGUCAUCCUGACAGUUUGUAGUCGCUCUGGACUCGUUGAGGAGGGUUGGCACUUCUUUGAAUCAAUGAGACAUAAGUACCAUUUAAAUCCCUCUCCUGAUCAUUAUGCAUGUAUGGUUAGUCUUCUUAGCCGGUCAGGACGGUUAAAAGCAGCUUAUGAUCUUCUAAAAUCAAUGCAUGAGGAGCCUCAUGCUGGCGCUUGGGGUGCACUACUAGCAGCCUGUAAGCUAAACUGCAAUGCUGAGCUAGGAGAGUUAGUUGCUUAUCGACUUUUUGAGCUUGAACCCCAAAAUUCUGGUAAUUAUGUGCUCUUGUCCGAUAUCUAUGCAGCAACAGGCCGCUGGCUUGAUGUUUCUGCUGUGAGAACCAAAAUGGAAGAGCAAGGGAUUAAAAAAAUACCCGGUAUCAGUUAUUUAGUUUAAAAGGUUGGGCUUCUAGGAAACUCUCUUUAUGCAGUGCCUGGAGUGGAGUGUAUAUAGAGAGACACACCAUCUUCCUUGGUGUCUACAUCGUGGAGUUGGAAUUGAUAAAAAAAAUUUAGUUCUACACCUAGCUUAUAGGUGCUUAAGGAACCAGGCUGCCAAGGCUGCCUUCUACAGUACUCCUUAUCGCAAGGUUCAAGUGAGAUUGCGUCCCGAGGGGAUGGUAGAGACAGAGACAUAAACGUUUUUGUUCAAAGGAGUUUAUUAAGACAAUCUUCUUCCCUUGAGAGCUUAAUCCGGGAUCAACCAUCAGCCAAGCAACCUGAAGCUUAUGAGUGGUGUAUCAAAUUAUCUCUAAGCAAGUUCCCUGGUGGUAACUUCCUUGCUAAGUAUUUGCAGGGGACCUGUGCUUUACUGCUUCAACUAAUGUGUAUGUUAUCCUCUAUUGUUUAAUGUGUCUUCUAAUUUUUCUAGAUGGAUUUGAACGAUUAUAUAGAUUUAAUCCUGCUUCAAUCUGCUUCCAGGUCUAGUAAGGUAACACACUAGGGGUCUAGCAACACAAGUGACACAUCUCUCCUCAUGCUUGCACUGACAUGCAAAGCAGCAAUUACAAAACUUGGUCAAGCAAAAGUUUCUUGCCCUCAAUUCUAUGUUAGGGAGGCCUGGUUUUUUUUGACAGAUAAAACUUAAGUUUGAUUUUGCUUUUUUGGUUUGGUUGUGGAUUUAGUUGUUUCUAUAUGUGCUGGUUCGUGCUUGAUUCCUUGUAGAGCCCCCUUUCCGAACAACUGGAAACCUCUGCGUAAACCACAAAGAAGGAUGUUGACUCCUACAUUUUGUAAAAUAUGAGUUCUAUUAGCUUUACAUUUGUUCCUGUGGACUUGUUCACAGAUUCCAAUUUUCUUCUCAUUAAUUAUUUUUGUUUCUUCUCAAAAAUGAUGAGCAGGAUGUGUGGCAAGGAACUCAAUUGCUAGCUAUUGACAUUGGUGCCGCUAUGGGGUUGCUUAGAAGGGUCUUUCAUGGAGAUGAACUGACAGAAAAAGAAAAGAAAGGUCUACAGAGAGCUCUGACUGACAUAGUAUCAGUUGUUCCUAUUGGUGUUUCAACGCUUCUUCCUGAUUCUCAUCUUAGUUCUUCAUCAGGCUGAUGUGGUUUAUCACUUGAGGAGGUUUACGGGCAUAUAACAAGGCGUGCUUUAGAUACUUUGUUUAUGUCGCAUUAUUGAGCAAUAUUGCAAGUGAAUCACUUGAGAGGCUUAUCACUCGGUCCACACCGUUCAAAGUCAACGAUGGAGUUUUAUGGGAAGAUGUAAAUCGAAUGUGGAUGGGAUAAGAGACCGGCAAUGGCGUUGGUUGGUAGGUUUACGCAGAGGUUUCCCAGUUGUUCGGAAAGGGGGCUCUACAAGGAAUCAAACGAGAUUUACAUGUAUAGAGUCAGGAAACAACUCUAUCCAAGCCACACAAAGCCUCUUGGACUAUAGGCUCAGCAAACUUCCACUGCAAAUAAUACUCUGAAUACUUGUUUUUUCUUUCUUUUUUUGAGGAAAAUCGAUAGAACAUCUUUGAUUUCAUAAAAGCAUGAGUACACUUCCUAUGUAAACCAAUCAAAUCCUUGUAUAAUUCCAUUCCACUAAAAUAUGUGUUGUUAUCUAA